AUGCGUGCGUCAUUCUCGUUGUUGCUCCCCAUCCUGGGGUUGCUAUCGACAGGCGCCCACGCAAUCGUUCGCUUUCAUUGCAGUGCGCUUACAGUACAGCGCUUGGAUCCUCUCGUCAACCCUGGGAUGAUACCCUCAACACACGUCCAUCAAAUAGUGGGCGGCGAUGCCUUUAACGCCAGCAUGGAUCCCUCGCUCGACCUUCCCGAACUAUCCACCUGCACAUCUUGUCAGUUUGCCGAGGACUUUUCGAACUACUGGACAGCCGUGCUCUACUUCAAGGCCAAAAAUGGAACAUACAAGAGGGUGCCACAACUGGGGAACAACCAGUUUGAAAAGGCCAAGGGAGGGUUGACCAUCUACUACAUGCAGGAUGCCAUCUAUGACAGGAAUCAGAAGAGCAAUGUUCAGGCCUUCCAACCAGGCUUUCGCAUGUUCGUCGGUGACCUCAAUGCCCGGACAAUCGAGGAAGCUGCCCGCUUCCGUCAACUCACAUACGUCUGCAUGGAUACUUGGACCUCGCGCGCCCCAGAAACGAUGGCCUUCCCGACAAGAAAAUGCCCAGAAGGCAUCAUGACCUCCGUCCGAUUUCCUACUUGCUGGGAUGGCAAGAAUCUGGACUCCCCCGAUCACAUGGCGCACAUGUCUUACCCUGAGUAUGGAACUUUCGAGAGCGGUGGUCCCUGCCCAGCGAGCCACCCUGUGAGAAUGCCGCAGGUUUUCUACGAGGUGGUUUGGGAUACCAAGAUUUUCAACAAUGAGGAGUGGCCUGAGGAUGGGAGCAGCCCGUUUGUGUGGAGUUUUGGGGACGCGACGGGUUUCGGGACGCAUGGGGAUUAUUUGUUUGGGUGGAAGGGGGAUGCGUUGCAGAGGAUAUUGGAUGCGCCGUGUUGGUUCAACACGAACUGUGCGAAGGAGAGUGUAAGUGUCGAUUGGUAUUGGGGGUGGUGCCUGAGCCCCUUUUGUGGAGACGAAAGAGAUGCUGAUGAUGUGGGAAUACAGAACAGCCCGUUGCAGACGAUUGAGCAGAUGAAUGCGUGUACACAGCCUAGUAUGGUGGAUGAGGAUAUCGAUGGGUGGCUUGACGAACUACCUGGUGGUUGGAAAGCGGACUAUGGACAUGGACAUGGUUCAAGAGAAUGA